CUCUCUCUCUCUCUCUCUCUCUCUGUGCGGCGAAAACGCGGAUCUUCUGAGUCCAAAACCUCUGGAACGUGCUGCUACGUGGCUAGGAUGCUGUAAUUCUUCCUCACUGAACCUGCUGACUGCUGGCGUGGCCUUCAAAGGUCAGAGAGUGAUGCUCCUGGCAGCUUUGCUGUGAUCUCGGUGUCCGCGGUUUCUAACGGACAGACAGAAAGCGGUGGAGUCGCAAUAAGAUGACAACACCUUCGCCCACUCACAGUGACAGCAGCAACUCCUCCAAACAUGACAUCAACCAGGAUAGCUGGGAGAUCGUGGAGGGCCUCAGGGGGUUUCCUGCCAGCAUGCAGGAGCCUGACAGCCAGGAGGGCUUCCUGUUGAAGAGGAGGAAGUGGCCCAUGAAGGGUUGGCAUAAGAGGUACUUCAUCUUGGAGCGUGGCAUCAUGAAGUAUGCAAAGCGUUCAACUGAUCUGCAAAAAGGAAAGCUCCAUGGCUGCAUUGAUGUCGGGCUUUCCGUGAUGUCAAUCAAGAAAAAAGCCAUGUGUAUUGACCUGGACACAGAAGACAACAUUUAUCACCUAAAGGUGAAGGCCCCGGAUCUGUUUGAAGUGUGGGUGUCAAAGAUGCGUCACCACCGAAUGUUUCGGCAAAACGAGAUCGCCAUGUAUCCUCACGAGAAGCAACUCUUCCACCCCAACGCYGCGUCCUCAACUCCUCUUAAUGACUCUUUUCGAAAAAGAGCCACGCUCACUAAGCAGGCAUCAGUCCACCAGGCGAAGGUCAACUCCUGGCUCCAUUCUUCUGAGGAGAUGAACAAAUGCUACAAAGAGCUGGCGGAAUGCGAGUCGUAUCUGCUGGAGCUCAACCUGCUGCUGAAGAGCAUGGAAGUCGUGCACCGCACCUACUCGGCCCCGGCCAUCACUGCUCUACAAGGAUCCACUUUCGACAUCCCCAAAAAGGAGAAAAGGCCAAGGAGAUGGAGAUCCAAACACAGUGGCAAAGAGUCCAAAACUACAACACUUCAAGUUCCAAGCUGUAUCUCUAUUCAGUCCCCUCGUCUUCAUGCAUCCAAUCCCAACCUGUCCACCACAGAAGGAGGCGCUCAGGAAGCCUGUCCUCAGUCUCCAGAUUCCCCAACAGAGGUGUCCACACUACAGCAGGACUUCUGCCAACUGGCCAACAAGCUCCAUGUUUCUCUGAAGUCAGCUUAUAGUUCUCUGACAGCAGAGAAAGACAGACUGAAGCUCGCCAUCGACCUGCAGGGUCCCCAGCCACCUCAGGUCGUGGGCUUGAAGACGAGCUUUGCCUCAGAAUGCUCAGCUCCCCCGCAGUCCCUGGUCCACCAGGCCUCCAGUGAGAGCAGAGCCUCUAUUCCAGACUCGAUAUCAGAGUUUUUUGAUGCCCAGGAGUACCUUCUCUCCUCGUCUUCAUCUGAGAACGAGGUGUCUGAYGAUGACUCGUAUAUCAGUGAUGUCAGCGACACCGUCUCCAUGGAUACCUUCGAUGGAGGCAGCGUUAGACACAACUCUGUCGGCAGCGUGGUGACCCUCGCGCGUCGGCGCGCCGCGCUGCCGUGCCCCUGUCCCCCCAGCAGCGUGAGCCUGUGGAACAUCCUCAGGAACAACAUCGGCAAAGACCUGUCCAAGGUGGCCAUGCCCGUGCAGCUCAACGAGCCGCUCAACACCCUGCAGAGGCUGUGCGAGGAGCUGGAGUACAGYGACCUCCUGGACACCGCCAACCAGACGCAGGACCCGUACCAGCGCAUGGUGUACGUUGCAGUGUUUGCAAUAUCCGCCUAUGCAUCUACCUAUUAUCGGGCGGGGAGCAAACCCUUUAACCCCGUCCUGGGAGAGACAUACGAGUGUGACAGGCCUGAUAAGGGCUUCAGAUUUAUAGCUGAACAGGUGAGUCAUCACCCACCUGUGUCAGCAUGUCACUCGGAUUCAAAGAACUUUAGCUUCAGCCAAGAUGUGCGAUGGAAAAAUAAAUUCUGGGGAAAAUCCAUGGAAAUCGUUCCCAUGGGAACCACACAUGUCACACUACCUGCUUUCGGGGACCACUACGAAUGGAACAAGGUCACGUCCUGCAUCCAUAACAUCCUCAGCGGCCAACGCUGGAUCGAACACUACGGGGAGAUGGCCAUCAAAAACAAGAACAGCGAUGUGUGCCAGUGUAAAGUCACCUUUGUCAAGGCUAAAUCCUGGAGCUCCACAGUCAAUGAAAUAAAAGGUGUGGUUACAGAUUCAGAUGGAAAAGUGGUACAUUCCAUUUUCGGGAAAUGGCAUGAAUCUGUGUUUCAAGGAGACCCACCGUCUGCUACGUGUAUCUGGCGAGCGAAUCCAAUGCCAGAGGACCAGGAACGGUACUAUGGUUUCACCCAGUUUGCAGUGGAGCUAAAUGAACUGGACCCAGCUUUAAGACCCUUGCUGCCCCCCACAGACACACGUUUCAGACCAGAUCAGAGGUUUCCCCUUUUUGUUUUCUGCACAGCUGCUGGAGGAGGGGAACACAGACGGAGCCGAAGAGCAGAAACAGAGGCUAGAGCAGCUCCAGAGGGACAGGCGAAGAGUGCUGCAGGACAACAACAUGAUCCACCAGCCACGAUUUUUCAAGAAGUCCAAGGAUGACAUGUGGGUGAACAACAACAUGUACUGGGAACUGCGCAGAGAGCCCGGCUUCCAUAAAAUGGACUUUCCUGUGUUGUGGUGACCCCUAGGUUUAACCACAUCCAAUAACUCUAAGUUAUCAGAAAAAGAGAAGUAUAGAAAACUGAAGUGAGACCAGCAUCACGGAGCCCUGACCUGGUUGGGUCGCUCUGUGUCACAGUGUCCCAAAUCCACAUGGACCUUCUGCUUCCUCUUAUUGGACUCAAAACAUGGAGCACUUAUUUUUUUCUGUUCUUAUGAGUAAAAGUCCCACUUAAAACUGUAAUGAAUGUCAGUGUAGACUAAAACUUCAUAUCCAUAUGUUUGGUUGCUUUCACCAAUGUGCCUUUUUACUGUAGUGCUGCACUCAGUGAACUGCUGUAGCUGUUAUGCAAAAUAAAAUAAAAAAAACACUGAAUAAUGU